AUGAAAUGUAAAACUGGUAAGAAAGCAUUUAGUUGCUCCGAGUGUGGUAAAAGAUUUAGACAAAAGGGCACUCUAUCUGUACAUAUGAGGAUUCAUUCAGGAGAGAAACCAUUUAGUUGCUCUGAGUGUGGUACAACAUUUAGCAGAAAGUGCAGUCUAACUGAACACAUGACGAUUCAUACAGGAGAGAAAGCAUUUAGUUGCUCUGAGUGUGGGAAUACAUUUAGAAAAAGGAGCCAUCUAACUGAACAUAUGAUGAGUCAUACAGGAGAGAAACCAUUUAGAUGCACUGAGUGUGGUACAACAUUUAGCAGAAAGUGCAGUCUAACUGAACACAUGACGAUUCAUACAGGAGAGAAAGCAUUUAGUUGCUCUGAGUGUGGGAAUACAUUUAGAAAAAGGAGCCAUCUAACUGAACAUAUGAUGAGUCAUACAGGAGAGAAAGCAUUUAGUUGCUCUGAGUGUGGUACAACAUUUAGCCACAAGGGCUAUCUAAAUGUACAUAUGAGGAUUCAUACAGGGGAGAAACCAUUUAGAUGCACUGAGUGUGGUAAAAGAUUUAGCCGAAAGUGCAGUCUAACUGAACACAUGACGAUUCAUACAUGGGAGAAACCAUUUAGUUGCUCUGAGUGUAGUAAAACAUUUAGAAAAAGAAGCAAUCUAACUGAACAUAUGAUGAGUCAUACAGGAGAGAAAGCAUUUAUUUGCUCUGAGUGUGGUAAAAGAUUUAGACAAAGGAGCCAUCUAACUGCACACAUGAGGAUUCAUACAGGAGAGAAACCAUUUAGAUGCACUGAGUGUGAUAAAAGAUUUAGCCGAAAUUGCAGUCUAACUGAACACACAAAGAUUCAUACAGGAGAGAAAGCAUUUAGUUGCUCCUAG